CGAAAUGUCAGUGAGGUAGCGACUCGUUAUAAAAUAAAGAAGUAUUAGUUAGUUCUGUAUGAUGUAGCCGUGUUUGAUGUGUGCCGAGUGCGGAGUGCGUAGCGAGCGAGCGGCCGCGGUGCGAUGGCGGCCCAGGGCAAUGCGGCCGGCGGCGGCGGUGGGCGGGCGCGCGCGGGCCCUGAGGACACCAGCACUGACAGCGACAACGACACGGAGAGGAAGGCGCUGCUUCGCCGCAUAUCGACCAGCAAGUGCGUCGGCAGAUUGCCGGUGGUGAAGGAAGGCUACCUGAUGAAGCAGACGCGCAGUUUUCAACGCUGGCAACGCCGCUACUUCCGGCUGCGUGGCCGCACGCUCUACUACGCUAAGGAAAAGGAGAGUCAACUGUGGGACGAGUUUGAACUAGAAGACGCGACCUUCGCGGAGUGCAGCAUCAACAACGCUAACAAUAGCUUUCAAGUGAUAACAGCGCGACGCUGCGUGGUGCUGUGCGCGGAGAGUCGCGGCGAUAUGGAGUCGUGGGCGAGCGCGCUGCGUGGGGCGCUGCACCGCGGCGCCGACGUCGCCGACCUCGUCGCUCGCCUUUCCUCUGGGGACCACCAUUGGUAUGCGGCAACACACGCGCGGCCGACUUUCUGCAACGUGUGCCGCGAGCCGCUGGGCGCGCUGGGCACGGCGCACGCGCUUGCCUGCGAGCUAUGCAAGUACAAAGCGCACAAGCGCUGUGCCGCACGCGCGCCUCCAUCCUGCAAGUGGACCACACUCGCCUCACUCGGCCCACACGUCGUUGAAGACGCUGAAGGGAACAUAAUAAUGCCGCACCAGUGGCUGGAGGGCAACCUGCCUGUGGCCGCCAAGUGCGACAUCUGCGACAAGACCUGCGGCUCUGUGCUGCGCUUGCAAGAUUUCCGUUGCGUGUGGUGCCGUAAGUGCGUGCACGCGCAGUGCCGGCCGGGCUGGCGCGCCGCGUGCUCGCUGGGCCCCGCGCGCGCCUCCGUCGUGCCCCCCACCCGCUUGCACUCCGUGGGGCCCGACGACGGCUGGCUGCCCGACAGACCGCCCAACGCCUCGCCGCUUAUUGUCUUCGUCAACUCUAGAUCAGGCGACAACCAGGGUGUGAAGUUUCUCCGGCGCUUCAAGCAGCUGUUGAACCCGGCGCAGGUGUUCGAGCUGGCGGGCGCGGGGCCGCGGCUCGGGCUGCGGUUGUUCCGACACUUCGCCCCGCUGCGCGCGCUCGUCUGCAGCGGCGACGGUUCUGUCGGCUGGGUGCUGCAGGAAAUUGACAAGCUCGAUAUGCAUCAACAAGUGCAGACGGCGGUGCUGCCGCUGGGCACGGGCAACGACCUGGCGCGAGUGCUCGGCUGGGGCGCCUCCUGCGACGACGCCGCCAACCUGCAGCAGCUGCUCGAGCGGUACGAGCGCGCCUCUACCAAGAUGCUCGACAGGUGGUCGAUCAUGACGUUCGAGCGCGCGCUGACCGCGCCCCCGCCUCCCCCCGUGCCGCCCGACCUGCUGGACGAGUCCACGCUGCUCAAGAACUUGCAGGAUAUCAUGCAGGCGGGUGAGGUGAGGUGCGCGGCGAGCAGGUCGCUGCGGGAGGGGUGCGCGCGUCUGGCGGCGGCGGGGGAGUGCGCGGGGGGCGGGGCGGCGCGCGCGGCACACCGGCUGCGGCGCGCACUCUCGUUGCUGCUGCACGCCAGGACGCACCUCGCGCACGACCACGCGCGCUGCAGAUCGUGGGAGCCGGCGGAGAACACGACCAGUGACAGCGAGCCUGAUGCUCCCGCGGUCGCCGAGAAGGGCAUCAUUGAAAAGACUGAAAAGGAGCAGCUGAACUGGGCGGCGCGCGGCUGCUCGCUGGCCGGGCGCGCUGACAGCGUGCGGCGCGCCCUGCGCUCCCUCGUGCGCACCCUCGUGCACUUCAUUCCAGACGUAGAUGAAGACAUAGCUAAACUGAUAAGUUCACAGCCCGGCGAUCAAACGCUACAUGUAGAAAAGGUUGACAGUAGAAAGUUAAGCUCCGCCUCGCCGCAGGACCAUCUCUCGUUAUCCAACUUGUCCUCUUGCGACACAAGCUCCUGCAAGAACCUGUUCAGGCCAGACGCGGACCGCACCACCUACAAUAGCAGCAGCCUCACGAUACCUAAUUUAAUCGUCUCAGACGAUAGCGAUAAGAGAUAUUCGAUAGUACAGGGAGAAACUUAUGAAUCGGACCAAUUGACUAUUAUAGACAUCGACAAGCCGUAUACGGAUGAAGUUCACUUUCAAGAGUUGAGCGACAGGAACACCCCGGUCAGCGGCGAAUGCACGCCGGAAAGAAAACUUUCUAGUGUAGAUUUGGAAGUAGACGCUACGAGCUCUGAAGGGUCCAACAUUAGCGAAGAUUUUAGUUUGAUAUCGGAGAUUAUGGACACGAAGCCGGAGGAUCUGGAAGAGGGUAACAUUGGUCACAUAGAUUCGCCUGAAAUCUCGGAGACGACGUACGUCAACUCGGAAACUAUUCACGGUGAGUCGAUCAUGGACGAUAUCAGUUCUAUGCUCGGACAAGAAGUUCUCUUGGCCAUGAUGGGUAAGAACGGUGACAACGAAACAUAUACAGAUGAUACAACGCUGUUUACCUCAGAUACGGUCUCGGACAUUCCCAUGGACAGCAGAAAUCCAAGCUUGGAAAAACACUCCGAGAGAAAAAUGAAACAUGUAUCAAAAGUAAAGAAGCGAAAAGAGGUCGAAGUAGAAAAAUUUGGAUUCGAGAACAGGGUUUUCUAUAUCGAGAACGCGCCGAAAGUCGAUGAGCAAAUUAAAUAUUGUAGUCUAGCACAAUUCGAAGAAGGAAGUGAUAUUGCAAGAAAAUCUUUUCGAAAGCAACUUAAAAAAAGUAUAAAGAAACGCGUAGUCGAAGAUGGAUCCCUAAAGCAUCUCCUACCUAGAACAACAGAAGAACUUACCCAAAAAGAGGAGUCUCCAGUUCGAACUCCUCCCAAACCAUUAGCGCUUUCCAAGGAAGACAAGACUACAAAAGUGAACAAUCAAAUGCCGAAUUUUCCUCAAGUUAGUGUAGUGGUAGAACCACCUUCUCCAUCGCACAGUGAAGAACAAAAAAGCCUUAAAACCAAUGGCAGUCGUAUGGCUUCAGUGCUAAGCGAUAUCUUCGAUCAGGGAACGGACACCUUGAGUGUUCACUCACCGGAGCCGAGUAUUGCUAAUAGUCGAGAGCGGAGAUCUUCAGAUAAUCCAAAACUGCUCGGCUCCACGGAUCCUGAGUACGGGCGAUUUCUCAGUUGUUCGCCUGCUGCCACUCGAAGAAUAUCCUGUGGCAGUCUGUUCAAACCGGGCGAACCUGACAACAGGCUAUCCACAUCGGUGUCGUCUAUAUGGGGUGACAGUGGCGUCGUAGGAGGGAUGGGUUCAUCAAAAUCCGAUACGAGUGAAAGAGCUAAAAAAUUGCCAAUUAUCAAUCCUCUAGUCCAGUUACCAGCAUGGCCGCAUGUCACACAAGGAUUCAUAAGCCAAUGUCUGUUAGCGAACGCGGACGCUCUGUGUGCCGCUGUAAGUCCAUUGAUGGAUCCAGACGAGACUCUACUCGAAGGGUUCUAUGAGAGAGCGGUAAUGAACAACUACUUCGGCAUCGGUAUCGAUGCAAAGAUAACCUUGGACUUUCAUAAUAAGAGGGAAGAACAUCCCGAGAAAUGUAGAUCGAGAGCCAGGAAUUACAUGUGGUAUGGCGUGCUCGGAUCUAAGGAAUGGGUCAAUAGAACAUAUAGACAUCUGGGUCAGCGCGUGCAGCUGGAGUGCGACGGGCAGAGGAUCCCGCUGCCGGAGCUGCAGGGCAUCGUGGUGCUCAACAUCCCCUCCUUCAUGGGAGGCACCAACUUCUGGGGCGGCACCAGGGCUGAUGAUAUCUUCCUCGCUCCCUCCUUUGAUGACAGAAUACUUGAGGUGGUGGCGGUGUUCGGGUCGGCGCAGAUGGCGGCGUCGCGGCUGAUCAACCUGCAGAAGCACCGCAUAGCGCAGUGCCGCGCCGUACAGAUCAACAUCCUGGGCGAGGAGUGCGUGCCCGUGCAGGUGGACGGCGAGGCCUGGCUGCAGCCGCCCGGCUGCGUCCGCAUCAUACACAAGAACCGCGCACAGAUGCUCUGCCGAUCCAGGGCGUUAGAGACCAGCCUCAGAGCAUGGGACGAGAAGCAACAGCAAAAAGCGCAAGCCAGCAACUCCUUGUCUUCGUCAGAAGCGGCGCAACUGCUGGCGUUGCUGGAUGACGUCAACACAUUAGUCAAACAUGUGAAGCUGGCGUGCAUCAGCGAGGCUGGUGCGGGCGGCAGCGCACUGAGCGCCGCUCGCCGCGCCGCCGCCCGAGCUGACGCGCUGCAGGACGCGGAGGGACGACUGCUGCCUCCGCCGCAACUGCGUCGUCUGCUCGCAGCACUUGUGGAAAGCUGUCACGAGCUGCUAGCUAGCGGGUGCGCGGGCGCGGGCGCGGCGGCCAGCGUGCGCGCACACCUCGCCCGCUGCGACACGCGCGAUGGACUGGCGUAUCUACACGCUGAUGAGGUCCCCAAGAAGAGCACCGGUCGUUGGCUGCGAGGUCGAAGAAGCGUGUCGGAGGGAAGCGGGACCUCUCAAACGGCGGCACAGGUCCGCAACUGGGGCGUCAAGGAGGUCCAGAAUUGGUUGGAAUCCCUGCAGCUGGGAGAAUACGCGGAGGCGUUUUCCAAGCAUGACGUGACGGGGCGGGAGCUGCUGUCGCUGGCGCGGCGUGACCUGCGGGACCUGGGCAUCAGCAAGGUGGGUCACGUGAAGAGGAUCCUGCAAGGAGUGAAGGACCUUCAGUGACGACGUCGCGGCCGUUCUGAAGGGAAUGGCCUCGCAUAGAUACUGGGACCCUUCGAGCGCCGACGUGUCUCGUUAUUAUGUCGUGUCGAAUUUCUAGGACCAUUUUAAAGUAGAGUUGGAUUACUAUAUGAGAUUGAUCUCCCCUUUUUACAUAUUAUUUUCGAAUACACUAAGGCGUUCAAAGGGUUAUUUUCUCGUGUGAUUUUUAUCUCCCACCGAAAUGUGAUUAUUAUCUUAACAUUUUCAACGAGUAAAUUUUUGCAAUUUUAAAAUUAUUUAUGUCAUUACUUACUAUUAUUGUAUAAGUGCUUUGGAUCUACAACCGUUUUACUUAAAAUUGAAUGAUUCAUGAUACUGUUUGAAAUUAUAUCUACAUCGAAAUCUCUACCUCUUCUUAACAAUGUUCCUCUCGAGAAAAACGAAACAUGUAGUACAUUUUUUAAACUCGUUGUUGUUAAUAUUUUUCCAUUUAACCUUUUGAAUGUUGACCAAAUGACUUCUUAAACUUUUAAUAUUACAUAUAUCAUUAACCCUAUCAUUUCUUCUAUAUUAAGAAAUCUUUAUUAGAUGUAAAGUUAGGA